ACGACACCUUGCAAAACCUAUCAACUUUCAAAAAUAUAAUUUUAACUGGAGAUAUUAAUAUCAAUAUUCUUCCUGGAAGUGCGGACGCUGCGGCUGAGGAAUAUCUAAACCUAUGCGCGUUCCAUGGUUUGCUUUCCGCCCACAUGUUUCCUACACAUCAAAGUGGCUCCUGCUUGGAUCAUAUACUGCUCAACUCUAAUUCCCCUGCACUAACCGUUGUAACUAACUCAACAAUAACUGACCAUAGUAUCUGAACUCAAUUUCAUUGUAAUUUCAAAUGAUGAAGACAAUGAAACAAAUGAUAUACAAUUUGAAUACAUAAAUCAAUACGUAGAUGAUGACUUUGACGUGUCUAUGAUUGCCCCACCUGAUACACUCCAUACGAAAGACCCAUCAACUGAUAUUACUGAACCUACACCAUCAUCUUCAAAAGACUCAGCAGUUAAUGUUAGUAAUCCCACACAAUUGUCUUCAGAAGAACAUAUAGUUGAAGUUAAUGAACCCACACCAUCGUCCUCGUUGAAUAAUGUGGCAAAAUUAGUAGAGUAUAGUGAUAGUUCUGAUUCUGAACUAGAAGAACCCAGAGUUAAAAGGAAAAAGCGCUGCCAAGUGAAAAAAAGUGAAUGGAAUGUUGAGAAAAAUAGAUUAAACAGAGAAAAAGGAAAUGAAUAUUUUGGAAAAAGAAAAGAAUCAGGCAAUUGGAUAAAAAAUAUUUGUAAACCAAAGAAGGAAAUAAAACCACGAUGCAGAUGCUUAGAAAAUAGUAAUGGGGUAAUGAAAUGUCACAUGAUAACUCAAGAGAACCGAAAAUAUCUAUUUGAACAAUUUUGGGCUAUGGAUUGGGGCGAGAAAAAGGUUUUUAUAAAAUGUUUAAUGAAAAUUAUUCCAACCAAAAGACAAAGAGAUAGAAAGGAUCCUAAUAAGUCGCAAAGGAAAAAUACUAUGGUUUACUAUUUAAAGAAGGACGAUGAUAUGGUAAGAGUGUGCAAAACAUUAUUUUUAAACACCUUUUCCAUCACUAACUUUCUUUGUUGGAGUUGGAAGUCGGAAGAUACGUUAGUAAGUAAUACUGGCGAAAAUAUUUCUCAAUCUGUACAGUCGGUCCAACCUCAAACAGCUACCACGGAAAAACAAUUUUUAGAUAAGUUUUUAAACGAAUUGCCUAAACUACCUUCGCAUUAUUGCCGUCAGAGAACUUCUCUGUUGUAUUUACAACCUGAUAUUAUUUCUAAGCAACAGCUGUAUAAAUUGUACAAAGAAGAAUGCCAUUCUAAGCAUGUCAAACCAUUAAGCAUCGCCACAUUUUCAAACACUCUAACUUUGAACAAAAUAUCAUUAUUUAAACCUAAAAAAGACUUAUGCGAAACAUGUAAUGGAUAUGAAUUAGGCAAUAUAACUGAAGCUAUUUACAAUGAACAAAUACUGAAGAAAAAGGAAGCUAGAGCAGAAAAAGACAAAGACAAAAAAAAUAAUAGGUUUGUAUUUACUGCUGACCUCCAGGCUGUACUAAUGGCACCAAGAUCUAACGUGUCAUCUAACUAUUAUAAAACCAAACUAUGUGUUCACAAUUGGUGUAUUUAUGAUCUGAAAGCAGGAGAUGGGUACUGUUUCUUAUGGAAUGAAGCUGAAGGUGGCCUAACUUCUGAAGAAUUUUCUACAAUUUUGGCAAAAUUUAUUACCAAAGAAGUUGUACCCAAAAUGGACGAAAGUGACCGAGAAAUAAUAUUUUAUACCGAUGGUUGCACAUACCAAAAUCGUAAUACCACUCUCAGCAAUGCCAUGACAAAUAUUGCAAUAUAUCAUAACGUGACCUUAAUCCAUAAAUACUAAGAGGUUGGACAUACACAAAUGGAGGUGGAUAGCAUGCACGCUAUGAUUGAGAAGAGGCUUAAAAACCAAACCAUCCAUGUACCUGCAGAAUACCUUAAUGUAUGUCGUACUGCAAAAUCUAAUAACAAGAGAUACAAAUGCGAAUACUUGACCUUCGAUUAUUUUAAAGACCUCAAACAAGUCGCAUUUUAUAAAUCAAUUCGUCCAGGAAAGAUGAAAGGUGAUCCAAAGGUUACUGAUAUAAGAGCUCUUCAAUAUAAACCCAGUGGCGAAAUAUUUUAUAAAUUGAGGUUUGGAGAUGAAUGGAAGCUACUGAAUCAAAGAAAAACCCCGGUUGAAGCUGUUCCUGUGGAUAAUUUAAAAAACCUGUACGACGAACGUCGCAAAAUCACAAAAAAAAAAUUUUUGGAUUUGCAACAGUUAAAAUCGUCCAUGCCCCUUGAUUAUCAGGGUUACUAUGAUAACUUAUCUCACGAUGAUUGAAUAUUGUUCAAAUACACCAAUUUUAUUGUUUAACUUUAUUUUUUUACAUUUCAACCUGUGCUUAUAAUUGUGAGUAAAAGCUAUCAACUCCAUAUUUUGUUUUAUUUAUUGUUAUUAUGAAAUCUAUCAACUCAAAAUUCGCAAUAAAAUAUACACGGUUAAUUAGAAUGUAAUUUUUAAGGGGUGAACAGGUUAAGAAUCUUUUAAAUUACCAACGGGAUUUUUGGUUAUUCUUUCCGAGAAAUAAAAUAUUUUUUAUUCAAAUUUUCGACUCCCCUGUAAAAUUACCUUCAAAGGAGUUAUUCGUUUUUCGAAUUAACGUAUUUUGCUUUAUGUUCAAACUUUACUAAUACCUAUAUUUUUU